UGAAAGAAAAUGACUGAUGAAUUUGACAUAGAGGCGAUGCUUGAGGCACCUUUCAGAAAUGAGACAUUUGGUUUGUGGGUUCAACUACAACCUUGAAGAGGUAGACAUCAAAUGCACACAAAAAGUCUAAAAUUUCUAUGAAUUUUGAACGCUUGUUUUUUGCAGGUUGAACUCUCAAUGAUGUUUCCUGAAUUUUCUUUGAGCGUGUGCACCCCUGCCUUCCCCGAUAAUUACUCAAUGUGUUUAAAAAUCCUGUAGUUCCAAAUGUGUAAAUCAUGCAUUGCCUUCUUACCAUCAAAAUUCCUUUAACUUUCUGUUUACAAGCAAGUUUUCUAUAAAUCAUAACUAUCAGCAUCUUAAAUGCCCCUUCAUAACUAAAUGUGGGUAUAUACUCCAUGUUAAUUUGCAAUCUUUCAAUUGGUUUAACAAAGCAUUUGUUUUGGUUUAGGUAAUGGUAUUAAAAUGCAGAGAUGAUACCCUAACGACCAUCGACCUUUACAAAACACUGACUUUGUGCUUCUAUGCAAGUUUUUUUAAUCAAGUUCUCUGUUUUAGAGCACAACAAAUGGAAAGUCAAAGAAGGAUGAUUCUGAUGACGAGGGAAAGAGCAGACGGUAGAACAAAUUUUUUAGAUCCUAUCUAGUUGAACCAAGCUUCCAAUUACCACGCUGCUUGACUGGACAUCAAGAACCACAUCAGCAAUCAUAACUCAUGCUUUUAAAUCCGAUUUUUGACUUUGUCCUUUAACAAAUAACUUUUGAGUUGUUCAAACAUUUAAUCCAUUUAAAAAAGACGACUUUGAAAAACCUGCCUCAUAAUCAUAUGAAUGUCAGAAAAAUUCUAAGCAAAUAUGAACUGUAUCAAAGAUUAUCACCAAUAUAUAAAAUUUAGCGCCAAAGAUAUAGGGUGUUGUUGGUAUAAAAAAUACAUUAUGAAACAACUUGAAUAAGUUUUUGCGAGAAUCUUCUUGUUACCUUAGGGAUGCACAGCCAAUAUCUUGUGAAAUAACGGAGUUUUCUCUUGUUUUAAAUAGAUACAUGUAUAAAUUUCGUGGUGUAAAGGUAACUAGGGCCUGUCAUUUUACGCGCAUUAUCCAAAAGGAGAAACAAAAAAAAACGACACUACCCCAAUCAACGUUGUUCGCAGCCACGCCCUUAACGAUUCCUUUUCAUAGCGAUAGCAGUGUUGCUAGAAAUGAUUAAAUACGAGGUUCUUGAAUUAUUGCUUUGCAAAAUCCAGUGUGGCUGUAAGUUUAAUUUGGUGGGAAAAAUGCAGAGAUAUACGCACCGUAAAGUGUGAACUCCUGUAAAAUCGAGAUAUUGCUCACCAGUAGAGGAGUUUCGUGGAAAGAAGAUACCCAAGCAAUCAAUAAUGAACCAUGUGCAAAUGAUAUCUUCAAUCCAUGAGUUGAGAACAUAUGUUUUUCUCUUUAGAUCUCGACGUAGACGAAGCAAAAGUCGGAGUAAAAGUCGCAGCAGAAGUGGAGAAAGAAGAAGACGACGAAGAUCUCGUAGCAAUGAACGACGUAGAAGACGAAGUCGUAGUGGAGAGAGAAGGCGAAGUCGGAGCAACGAGAGACGCCGAAGCAGCCCCGAUAGACGACGACGAAGCAGGAGUGGAAGCCCACGAAGACGCCCGAGUAGGAAUGACGAAAGAAGAGAUCGGGAUAGAAAGAGACGAUCAAGAAGUGGCAGUGAUGACAGUGGUCAUUGGCAAGUGCUACCUCGCGAUGAAACAAUCUCAGCUGAGGAACGAGACAGGAGAACCGUAUUCUGCAUGCAGCUAGCAAGAAACAUAAGACCACGGGAUUUAGAGGAAUUCUUCUCCAAAGUUGGACAGGUGCGAGAUGUGAGAAUUAUCUCAGAUCGUAACUCGCGACGAUCAAAAGGAAUUGCUUACGUGGAAUUCACAGAUGCCUCUGCUGUUCCGUUGGCAAUCAAAUUGACUGGUCAAAAACUGCUCAACGCUCCGAUCAUCGUACAGGAAACCCAAGCAGAGAAGAACAGAUUAGCAGCAGAAGCAGAGAAACUGAAACGGCCUAUAGGACCUACUCGUAUUUACGUCGGAUCACUUCAUUUCAAUAUCACAGAGCAAAUGAUCAAGGCAAUAUUUGAACCAUUUGGUAUCAUUGAUACUGUUCAAAUGAUCCAUGACUCAGAGUCAGGCAGAUCAAAGGGGUAUUGUUUCAUACAAUUCCGAGAUCCUGAUAGCGCCAAGAGGGCAAUGGAACAGAUGAAUGGAUUUGAAUUGGCUGGAAGACCGAUCAAGGUGGGUCCUGUGACGGAGCGGAGUGAUUCUGGUGGAAUGUCUUUCCUUGAUGAUGAGGAAUAUGAGAAGGGUGGUAUUGAGAUGAACGCUGCAGCCAGAGCCGCUCUGAUGCAGAAGUUGUCCCAGACACAUUCAGCAGGUUUGUCUGUACCUGGUGUGCCCCCUGCAAACCCAGCCAUCUCCAUUCUUCACACACCUGUAAACAUUCCACUCCCCACUCCGUGUCUAAUGAUAAGCAACAUGUUUGACCCUACCAAAGAGAAAGACAGAGACUGGCAUUUAGACAUUCAGGAUGAUGUCCUGGACGAGUUGUCCAAGUUUGGUGGCAUUGUUCACAUCCACGUUGAUCAGACCUCAGUCCAGGGUAAUGUUUAUGUGAAAUGUCUCACUCCGGAUGUUGCUGUUGCUGCUGUUAAGACGAUGCAAGGAAGAUGGUUUGCAGGAAAGCAACUCUUGGCUCAAACAGUGCCAUUAUCACAGUAUCACACAAUGUUUCCCAAUGCUGCCUCUGCCAUGAAGGCUCUGAAGCCAUCAGCAUGAUCACAGUUGAACCUUGGGGACAAUAUCAUCAGUAUAAAGAAACAAUGGGUAGCUUUACUAUGGACAUAUUGUUGUAAAACAAAACUGCUAAAACAGUUAUAUUUUUGUUGUUCCAAUGAAAAUUGGUUCCAGAGAUAAA